UGAAAUGUGAUGAAAUGAUGGGUCCAGUAUCCGUUCGUGUAGUGUCAAGAUGGACAGGUUUUAGUAACCAACUGGGACCUGGUCAGUAACGAUGGCAAGCUGUCACCCGCUCAUAGUGGCGGCGAUAGACUUCGGGACUACUUUUUCCGGUUACGCCUUUUCCUUCCGCCACGAAUACGACCGAGAUCCACUAAAGGUAUCUGCCAAUAACUGGAUCUCAGGAGGCCAGGGUUUAGUAUCAAUGAAGACGCCAUCUACCGUCCUCCUGUAUUCAGACAAAACCUUUCAUUCCUUUGGAUACGAUGCUGAAAACAAAUAUUCAGAAUUAACCGAAAAUGAAGAUCAUCAUGGCUGGCUCUACUUUAAACGGUUCAAAAUGUUACUACACAACAAUAGGGAACUCCGUCGGUCAACGAUGAUUCAAGACAUCAAUGGUAGGACAAUGCCCGCCAUGUCGAUAUUCUCGAUGGCAAUCCGUUACCUCCGGGAACAUCUCCUGGAAACUAUUUAUCGUCAAAUGGACGGUAUCAACGAGGAGAUGAUUCGCUGGGUCCUCACUGUACCUGCAAUCUGGGAUGACAGCGCCAAGCAAUUCAUGCGUGAGGCAGCUAAGGAUGCAGGGAUUGAUAAUGAUCAUCUGACAUUGGCCUUAGAACCCGAGGCAGCGUCGCUGUAUUGUAUGAGACAGCCGAUGGCUAAGCUGACCACGGUCGAUAAGAAAACGUCCUUUGUGGAGUUCGAUAUCGGAACUAAAUAUAUGGUCAUUGAUAUUGGAGGUGGAACCGUGGACAUAACCAUUCACGAAAUCCUUCCUGGUAGACAAAUUCGUGAAAUACAAGCCGCCAGUGGUGGAUCUUUUGGUGGAACAAGUGUAGACAGCAAGUUCAAUCAGUUUCUUAUAAAAAUCUUCGGAAACGACGUUCUUACAGACCUUAAAACGAAAUGCAUGCAAGAUUAUCUGGACCUGUUCCGUGAUUUUGAGACAAAGAAAAGAACGAUAAAACCGACAUCGGAUGGCAGGGUAAAUUUCCGCCUACCGUACCUGUUAAUGGAAAUAUUCAGAACAACAACAGGGGAGGAGCUUGGUCAAUCUAUAUUGAACUCAUCCUUCAGUAACAGUGUGAUCAUUCGCGGAGACAAGAUGUUGGUUGACGCAAAUGUAUGUAAAGAGUUUUUCAAAGAAGCAACAGAUGGCAUUGUUGCGAGUGCAGAAAAGGCGAUGGAAAGUGCUAUAGAAGUAGACAUUUCUAAGAUUCUACUAGUCGGUGGAUUUUCCGAGUCGCAAAUGCUACAGAAGGCUAUCCGACAAAAAUUUCCAGGGAAAACAGUUGUGUCGCCUGGAGAUGCAGGCCUAGCAGUACUGAAAGGAGCAGUUUUGUUUGGACAUGAACCCAGUACUAUCAAAUCAAGAGUAAUGAAGUACUCGUACGGCGUGGAGGUGAACCAACGUUUUGAUCCGGACAUCCAUCCUGAGAUCUACAAGUUCUGGCAGACAAGAAAGAGUAGAUGGAUGUGCCGGAACUGCUUUGACCCGUUCGUUAAAGCUGGAGAUGAAGUGGAGGUCGGUAGUACCAUCACACAAAAUUAUGGUCCCGAGGAAAAGGAUUCGAUCGAGGGUAUUGGAAUUUAUGCCUCGACGAAAGUCCCCAAAUUUAUCACGGAUUCCUCUUGCUUCAGACUCGGCACCAUGUACAUUAAAAUGCCAAAUGGAGGUUGGCCGUUGGACGCAAGCCUUGAAGUGAAAAUGAAGUUCGGAGGGACAGAGUUUACGGUGACAAUGACUGAUGAAUGGUUUGGAGACUCGUAUACUGAUUCAUUCGAUUUCUUGAAGAAAUGAUCUACUUAGAAAUAUAAGAAAGACAAGCUGUUUUCAAGACAAUGCAAGUGUCAAAAUAAGGAAGAAACAGGAUAAAACUAUAAACAAAACUGACAAUAGAUUAUAUACUUUAAAGGUUUGAUUAACAGACAUAAUGUAUGUAGCUCACAACAAAACAUAUAUUACUAGUUCACUGCACGUUUCUUUAAUAUAUUUUUUAUUAUCUUCCUUUUAUCGUUUGCUAUGCCCGACACCAUGGAUUACGACAAGUAUAUGAAAUAAGAUAUUAAAAGUGAUGUUAUUGUUUGUAAAUUAAGUAAUAUCUUUUUAGAUGUGAAAUUUAACUGUGAUGUCACAAACAUUCCAUAUAGAAGUUUCUGUAACUUCUCUUAGAUAUCGUAUAAUAAUAAACUAAUAUAGCCUGUUGAUUUU